AAGAAAGAUAAUUAAAGCAACGGUCUUGAAGUCACAUGUCUUCUUGCAACAGGAACCCACACACAAUGCAAGUGUUGAGCAUAAAAUUUCAUUAAAGUUUUUGCAUUUAAAGUUUACAAGUGGCUGAUAUCAAACGUAGUUUAGGAAAAAUUAUAUUUAAUUUGAAAAAAACAUUAGAUUUCUAAUAUACAUGGGAAAAUUGCUACGAUCACUGCUAUAUCACACAAAUAACAUGGAAAACUCUUCACCACCUACAACCUCUACAACUUUGGACUCAUCACUUUUUAAUUUUAUGGAAAAUUUUGAAGAAGAUUCUACAGAUGUGCCAUCAGUUUGUAGAUUACACAUACCCACCUGGCUUAAUCUAUGGUGUGUUUUUAUCAGUAUCUGUGUGUUAAUGCUGCUGGUAGUGUUGGGUGUUCUAGUCCGUUAUAUACAAUUACAAAAGCAGCGUAUUAUCAGAUCGGAGAUAGUGCAUGUAUCUCCUGAUUUCUAUCGUGAACAUUUCUUAGAUCGUAGUCAAAUAAUGGUUUAUUAAAUUUAAAAAAUAUUAAUACAAUAUUUUAUUUUUUCAAUUGUACAAAUUAUAAAUAUAUACAUAAUUACAAAUAAAGAUUAAUUAAAAUUAUGGUAAAAAUA